AGAAAUCCUGCCUGGCGAGAUCUCCCCAUUGGUUGUUUACCCGGAGAAAUCUACAUGUUUAAGGGGGAUGGUGCAUCCAUAAUCAGUCUGUCCCUAUAGGUCUGGGUCUUGGCGACCUUUUUGUGACCUCUCCCGCCGGAGGAGGCUGCUGUCACUUUAAAAAUUUACCGAAGAGGAUCUUUCUGGGCGGCGGGAGAUAGCUCCCUUUCUCCCUCGCCCCGGGUUCUUUCUGGAUGGCCGAGCAGAUCCUCUUUAAAGAGACAGUUCAUGAAAUAGAAACCCGGCGGCAGAGCUAGGAGUUGCGAAAGGGGACGAUCCCGUGAGGGCUAGGACCGGGGAAGGCGCAGCGGAGGAUCAGAAAGGGGGCUAGAGCUUCCCUCGCCUUCCCAGGCCCCCCACCUUUUCAAACUCUCCUCCUCCUGCCUGUAUCUCCCCCUCAACUCCCCUUGGAACUGGGAGAGAGAAGUGGAAGAAGUUUUAGUGGGUUUCAGAUAACUUUCAUUACACAUCGUGCUGAUAAGAGCAAGAGAAAGUGAGAAAAGAGGGAGGUGAUGUGAACCAGAAGGAAUAGCUCGGAGCUCAUUUAGGAGGGGGGGGGGGGGGGGAGCCAAAACACACCAAACCCAGGUCACCCAGACGAAAGGAGACUUCAUUUCUGGUCUUAAAAAUACACUGUUGGCGGACAAUAAAUCUGAAACGCGUGGUCCUGGCGAGCAGAUCCCAGAGACGGACAAAGUUAUCAGAGACCGUUCGGAAACCGAGACGCGAGGCUUUUUUUUUUUUUUUUUUUUUUAAACAUCUCGAAAUGUGGCUCAGGAUCUUAUGAAAGGAUUUUCAUGCAGGAAAGCUGGGGCUGCUGAUUAUUUUAUUUUGUUUAAUUCUUCUGUGAUUGCCUUUUAUUGCUGAGUUGAGGCCAUAGAAAUCUUAAGAUCUUAGAUGAGUUUUGCAAUGUGAAGUUCUGCAUAGAUGCUAGUCAACCAGAUGUAGGAAGCUGGCUCAAGUACAUCAGGUUCGCUGGCUGUUAUGAUCAGCACAACCUCGUUGCAUGCCAGAUAAAUGAUCAGAUAUUUUACAGAGUAGUUGCAGACAUCGCACCGGGAGAGGAGCUCCUGCUGUUCAUGAAGAGUGAAGACUAUCCCCAUGAAACUAUGGCACCAGAUAUCCACGAAGAACGGCAAUACCGCUGUGAGGACUGUGACCAGCUCUUCGAGUCCAAGGCUGAACUAGCAGAUCACCAGAAGUUCCCGUGCAGCACCCCUCACUCAGCAUUCUCAAUGGUGGAAGAAGACUUUCAACAGAAACUCGAGAGUGAAAAUGAUCUCCGAGAGAUACAUGCAAUUCAGGAGUGUAAGGAAUGUGACCAAGCUUUUCCUGAUUUGCAAAGCCUGGAGAAACACAUGUUGUCACAUACUGAAGAGAGGGAAUACAAGUGUGAUCAGUGUCCCAAGGCGUUUAACUGGAAGUCCAAUUUAAUUCGCCACCAGAUGUCACAUGACAGUGGAAAGCACUAUGAAUGCGAAAACUGUGCCAAGCAGGUUUUCACGGACCCUAGCAACCUUCAGCGGCACAUCCGCUCUCAGCAUGUUGGCGCCCGGGCCCACGCGUGCCCGGAGUGUGGCAAAACAUUUGCCACUUCGUCGGGCCUCAAACAACACAAGCACAUCCACAGCAGUGUGAAGCCCUUUAUCUGUGAGGUCUGCCAUAAAUCCUAUACUCAGUUUUCAAACCUUUGUCGUCAUAAGCGCAUGCAUGCUGAUUGCAGAACCCAAAUCAAGUGCAAAGACUGUGGACAAAUGUUCAGCACUACGUCUUCCUUAAAUAAACACAGGAGGUUUUGUGAGGGCAAGAACCAUUUUGCGGCAGGUGGAUUUUUUGGCCAAGGCAUUUCACUUCCUGGAACCCCAGCUAUGGAUAAAACGUCCAUGGUUAAUAUGAGUCAUGCCAACCCGGGCCUUGCUGACUAUUUUGGCGCCAAUAGGCAUCCUGCUGGUCUUACCUUUCCAACAGCUCCUGGAUUUUCUUUUAGCUUCCCUGGUCUGUUUCCUUCCGGCUUGUACCACAGGCCUCCUUUGAUACCUGCUAGUUCUCCUGUUAAAGGACUAUCAAGUACUGAACAGACAAACAAAAGUCAAAGUCCCCUCAUGACACAUCCUCAGAUACUGCCAGCUACACAGGAUAUUUUGAAGGCACUAUCUAAACACCCACCUGUAGGGGACAAUAAGCCAGUGGAGCUCCAGCCCGAGAGGUCCUCUGAAGAGAGGCCCCUUGAGAAAAUCAGUGACCAGUCAGAGAGUAGUGACCUUGAUGAUGUCAGUACGCCAAGUGGCAGUGACCUGGAAACAACCUCGGGCUCUGAUCUGGAAAGUGACAUUGAAAGUGAUAAAGAGAAAUUUAAAGAAAAUGGUAAAAUGUUCAAAGACAAAGUAAGCCCUCUUCAGAAUCUGGCUUCAAUACAUAAUAAGAAAGAAUACAGCAAUCAUUCCAUUUUCUCACCAUCUUUAGAGGAGCAGACUGCGGUGUCAGGAGCUGUGAAUGAUUCUAUAAAGGCUAUUGCUUCUAUUGCUGAAAAAUACUUUGGUUCAACAGGACUGGUGGGGCUGCAAGACAAAAAAGUUGGAGCUUUACCUUACCCUUCCAUGUUUCCCCUCCCAUUUUUUCCAGCAUUCUCUCAAUCAAUGUACCCAUUUCCUGAUAGAGACUUGAGAUCGUUACCUUUGAAAAUGGAACCCCAAUCACCAAGUGAAGUAAAGAAACUGCAGAAGGGAAACUCUGAGUCUCCCUUUGAUCUCACCACUAAGCGCAAGGACGAGAAGCCCUUGACCCCUGUACCCUCCAAGCCUCCAGCGACGCCGGCCACAAGCCAAGACCAGCCCCUGGAUCUAAGUAUGGGCAGUAGGAGUAGAGCCAGUGGGACCAAGCCCACCGAGCCUCGUAAAAACCACGUGUUUGGGGAAAAGAAAGGAGGCAACGUGGAACCAAGGCCAGCGUCUGAUGGUUCCUUACAGCAUGCUAGACCCACUCCUUUCUUUAUGGACCCUAUUUACAGAGUAGAGAAAAGAAAACUAACUGACCCACUUGAAGCUUUAAAAGAGAAAUACUUGAGACCUUCUCCAGGAUUCUUAUUUCACCCACAAUUCCAACUGCCUGAUCAGAGAACUUGGAUGUCAGCUAUUGAAAAUAUGGCCGAGAAGCUGGAAAGCUUCAGCGCCCUGAAACCUGAGGCCAGCGAACUUUUGCAGUCAGUUCCCUCCAUGUUCAACUUUAGAGCUCCUCCCAACACCCUGCCAGAGAACCUCCUGCGGAAAGGAAAGGAACGCUAUACCUGCAGAUACUGUGGCAAGAUUUUUCCAAGAUCUGCGAACCUGACACGGCACUUGAGAACCCACACAGGAGAGCAGCCUUACAGAUGCAAAUACUGUGACAGGUCAUUCAGCAUUUCUUCUAACCUGCAGCGGCACGUCCGCAACAUCCACAAUAAGGAGAAGCCCUUUAAGUGUCAUUUAUGUGAUAGGUGUUUUGGUCAACAAACCAACUUAGACAGACACCUAAAGAAACAUGAGAAUGGGAACAUGUCUGGUACCGCAACAUCAUCGCCUCAUUCAGAACUGGAAAGUACAGGUGCGAUUCUCGAUGACAAGGAAGAUGCUUACUUCACAGAAAUCCGAAAUUUCAUUGGGAAUAGCAAUCACAGUGGCCAGUCUCCCAGGAACACAGAGGAGAGAAUGAAUGGCAGUCACUUUAAAGAUGAAAAGGCUUUGGUGACCAGUCAAAAUUCAGACUUAUUGGAUGAUGAAGAAGUAGAAGAUGAGGUGUUGUUAGAUGAGGAGGAUGAAGACAAUGAUGUUACUGGGAAAAUGGGAAAGGAACCAGUGACAAGUAAUUUACAUGAAGGAAACCCCGAGGAUGACUAUGAAGAAACCAGCGGCCUGGAGAUGAGUUGCAAGACAUCCCCAGUGAGGUAUAAAGAGGAAGAAUAUAAAACUGGACUUUCUGCUCUAGAUCAUAUAAGGCACUUCACAGAUAGCCUCAAAAUGAGGAAAAUGGAAGAUAAUCAAUAUACUGAAGCUGAGGUGUCUUCUUUCAGUGCUUCCCAUGUGCCCGAGGAACUUAAACAGCCGUUACACAGAAAGUCCAAAUCACAGGCAUACGCUAUGAUGUUGUCAUUGUCCGACAAGGAGUCCCUCCAUCCUUCAUCCCACAGUUCUUCCAACAUGUGGCACAGUAUGGCCAGGGCUGCGGCGGAAUCCAGUGCCAUCCAGUCCAUAAGCCACGUAUGACAUUCCCAAGGUCGACCAGAGUGGGACCAAGUCCAACAGUAGCAUGGCUCUUUCAUGUAGGACUAUUUAAAAGACUGCUGAGCAGAAUGCCUUAGAAACCUGAAGGGUCACUCAUGUAAAGUCUGGGGACCUUAAACUGAAUGAUUGAAAAAAAAAAAAAAGAAAGAGAAAGAAAGAAUGAAAGAGAAAGAAAGAAAGAAAGAAAAAGAAACUAUUUAUUCUCGAUAUUUUGUUUUGCACAGCAAAGGCAGCUGCUGACUUCUGGUGGAUCAAUGCGACUUAAAGUGAUUCCGUAAAAGUGAAAAACUUGCUGGGCAGAAGGCAUCUUCCAAUUCAUCUUGCCCUUGGGAGUGGGGGGGUGAGAGGGUGGUGGAGAUGGCAGCAUUGAUAGGAAUGAACACUCCAUAGAAACUGAAUUCUUUUUUUAUACAAGAUCACCUGACACAUGAUUGGGAACAGUUGCUUUUAAUUACAGAUUUAAUUUUUUUUUUUUUUGCUUUGUUAAAGUUUUAUGUAAUUUAACCCUUCAAAGACAGAAGUAGUUGGAUGAAAUGCACACUUGAUUAUUAUAGAAACUGAUAACAGGGAGUAUUUGUUUCCUAUUAACUUUUGCCUUCUUAAGUACAUUGUUUAAAACUAGGGGAAAAGGGUAUGUGUAUAUUGUAAACUAUGGAUGUUCAAUGCUCAAAGAGGUUACGUCAGUGAAGUAGCCUGUUCAUCACCAGUACCGCUGUACCACUACACGAAUAGGUUUGCCAAAUCCUUGUAAUAACAUCUUAAUUUUAGACAAUCAUGUCACUGUUUUUUAAUGUUUAAUUUUGUGUGUGUGUUGCGUGUAUCAUGUAUUUAUUUGUUGGCAAACUAUUGUUUGUUGAUUAAAAUAGCACUGUUCCAGUCAGCCACUACUUUCUGACAUCCGAGGCACACCCCUUUCUGAAUUUCAAGGACCAAGGUGACUCGACCUGUGUAUGGGAGUGCCAAAUGGUGUUUGGCUUUUCGUAACAUUCCUUUUUGUUGUUGUUUUGUUUUCCUUCUUAAUGAGCUAACUACGAAUAGAUGCAACUUAGUUUUUGUAAUACUGAAAUUGAUUCAGUUGUAUAAAUGAUUAUAAUUUCUUUCAUGAAAGCAUGAUUCUCCUGAUUAAAAACUGUACCCCAUAUUUUAUGCUGGUUGUCUGCAAGCUUGUGCGAUGUUAUGUUCAUGUUAAUCCUAUUUGUAAAAUGAAGUGUUCCAGACCUUAUGUUAAAAGAGAGACGUAAAUAACAGACUGUAUUCAGUUAUUUUGCCCUUUAUUGAGGAACCGGAUUUGUUUUCUCUUUGUUUGUAAUCUCAUUUUGAAAUAAUCAGCAAGUUGAGGUACUUUCUUCAAAUGCUUUGUACAAUAUAAACUGUUAUGCCUUUCAGUGCAUUACUAUGGGAGGAGCAACUAAAAAAUAAAGACUUAUAAAAAUGGUUA